AUGCCAAUGACUUUGAUGUUGGCAAGUCACUUUCACGGAAAUGAGGCCCUGAUGAACCAGGCGAUCAACAACGGCGAGCUCAUGUCGAAGAUUGACCCUGUGUCAAAGCUUGAGUACCUGCAAUUCCGAAAGUUCAGCCACACCGAGCUACGAGGCAACGAAUCAGGCGAACAAGUCCAGGGAGAUAAGAAGCUGAACAAGGAGCAGGCCCAUGCCUUGGCGGACUCCAUGAGCAAGCUCAAAUGGACGUUCACUUUGAGCAAGGUGGGUGGCUUGCAUGGGGCGGACGAGAAACGAAUGGAUGAGCAGGGCCAAAUUCCGGAGUCAGUCAAGAAGCUCGCGGUGAAGGCGAAAGAUGCAUGCGAGCGUUUGGUCAAAGACGGCUCCAAGCUGGUUGGUGCGCCGGAGUUGUCGGGAGUCAAGGAUGCCUACAAGACUUUGAGUCAACACAUCACGAACUUGAACCAGCUUCUCAUCCUCGGCGAGCUGCCGUCCCAGGCCGCCAUCAACCGCAACUCCUUGGAGAACUUUAUCGGGGGGCAUCGCCAAAGAUGUGGAAAAGUACCACGGGGAAAUCCAAGCUGCAAAAGCUCGGGCAAAGACUGGCAAG